AAUAGCAAACAGCUGAAAAUGUCUGGCAGAGGAAAAGGCGGUAAAGGUCUCGGAAAAGGAGGCGCCAAGCGUCACCGUAAAGUCCUCCGUGAUAACAUCCAAGGUAUUACUAAGCCCGCCAUCCGUCGUCUGGCCCGUCGCGGCGGAGUCAAGCGUAUCUCCGGUCUCAUCUACGAGGAGACUCGCGGUGUACUAAAGGUCUUCCUGGAGAACGUUAUCCGUGAUGCCGUCACCUACACUGAGCAUGCCAAGAGGAAGACUGUGACCGCCAUGGAUGUGGUUUACGCUCUGAAGAGACAAGGGCGCACUUUGUAUGGUUUUGGCGGUUAA